GAACGCUCGAAGUUCUAUCACACUGUCCUUGGUUCAAGAGAAUUCGUAUGGAUACGGCCAUCGAAGCGCCGUUAAUUUCGACCAAAGAGCUGUCAUUACGGUUAACCUUGCCUUCGCAGUUGGCUGUAGCAUGCGCAUAAGACAAAUAUGACUGGAAAUUCCGGGAAGCGCGUCACUUCAGCCUACAGGAUCUGCUAAAGGUCUAUGCAUCGCAGUUGGCCAAACUGAAAAUUGCAGGCAGACAGAUUGAUACAGUGUUCAAAGUGUCUGCUUCAGCCAGCUUGAAUGGGACCCUACGUGACCAGCAUUACGUAUGAAUGUUGGUGCUAUUUUGACUGUCUGGUGCUUACCAUUGUCCAGGAUUUCGUGAGACUCUACGACGCAUCCAAGAAAGUUGCAUCUGACUGUCGCACACUCAUUGAUCACUUCUGCGUUCACAUUCUAGACAAUCUCCGACAUGUCGAAAUUGACAUCAUGAAGCCCGAAAUCGACGACUGGAAAGAGUCAUUGGAGCCUAGAGAGAGAGAUGUUAGGGCAUUGAUCCAAGACUGCAAAGCAUACCUCUCUCGCAUGGAGGAUGCAACCGAUAACAACGAACGUACAUAUGAGUCUUGUAGAGCAGCGCUGAUUGGUGUUUAUGAUGCCUCUCCACUGGAUCAGCUGGAGAGGGGACGAAGUCGCCGACGGAACAUCCUCGAAAGAAUGUCACGCCUGUUACAUCGAUCCCAAUCAAGGGCAAGGACCCAGCCCCAAGUUAACGAGGACGUAGAUGUGGUCGAGGUCAUAGAAGCCUUUCUUGGAGGUCUACACUUAUUUUGCGACUUUUACACACAGAUUAAGAAAGACGUCACCAAUAUGCAAAUUCUUCUGAACGAAGGAGAAAUUCUACAUGAAACAGAGAUAGAGCAUUACAACCGCUGGGCGGUUGAGAUGUCUCGAAUAUUUGAAUCCUACCACACCGCCUAAUGAAAUCACUUCACACAUU